AUGCCAUUAUUAAGACGGAUAAAAAGUGGCGAGAGAGUCAUUGCAGAUCCCGAGGCGACAAAUGACUCAAUCAUGUUGUGGUUCUAUCUUCUCCUCAACAUCGGAGGCUUCACGGGAGUUCCCACUGCUUAUCUGGCGAAACUUGUUGGAUUUUGGGCGGCCUUCACGCUUCCUGGAGUCCUCUACCUGUUCUUGCCCCUGGUAUUGUGGAUCGCGAACAAAAAUCUCAAGAAGCAGCCCCCGGGGGGAAGUGAUUUAGGCAACAUCUUCAGGGUUCUCUUCAUUGCGUUGAAAAAGAAUGGACCCAUUGGCAUAUUCCGACGCAAUGGUCUUAAUGCAGCCACACCAACCAGUCUUGCGCUUGCUGGGGACACCCGCAAGGUCGAUUGGAACGACAGAUUUGUCGAGGAUGUUCGCCGUACAUUUCAGGCAUGUGGAAUCUUUCUCUUCUUUUCGAUAAACGUGAUCAACUCUGCAGGCCUCGGCGCUGCUGUGAAUGCUCAAAGCAAUUCGAUGACGACCAACGGAGUUCCUAAUGACGUGGUCAACAAUAUCAACUCAUUGUCCAUCAUAUGUGCUUUGCCCAUCAUGAACCACAUCAUCUAUCCUACAUUGAGACGAUUUCGUAUAAGAUGGGGGCUAAUAUCACGUAUCACAUGUGGAUUCAUGUUCGCUGCAAUCGGUUCCUCGGGAUGGGCUAUCAUUCAAUAUUACAUCUAUCGGACAUCACCCUGUGGAAAUCGUGCAUCCACGUGUGUCAACGAGAAUGGUGAGGCCCUGGUAUCUCCUCUCACGAUUUGGUGGACAGCUAUUCCGACUGCUGUCUCGGCGAUGUCAGAAAUCUUUUGCAAUGUCACCGCUUAUAGCGUUGCGUACUCACGAUCACCUCCAAAUAUGGAAGGUUUGGUUUUAGCUAUCAAUCUUUUGAUGACGGCUAUUGCUGCAGCGAUUUCUCUGGCAACUGCAGGAAUCAUUCGUGACCCAUAUCUGACUUGGGCAUUUGCGGGGCCCUCGAUUGUGGGAUUUGUUCUCGCUGUCGUCUUCUAUUGCCUCUAUCGAGAUAUUGACAAGGAGGAAUAUGUUGCGCACCUCUGGGAUGAUACCGUGGAAGGUGUGGAACCUUCACCAGGCCAGACGGACAUGGCAGCUCCACAGGAGGCUUUGCGUGCAAAGACUGCGCUCAAUGCAUAA